AUGGAGAGACAUCGCUCUUGCCACAACGACCCGGAUAGCGAUUUCAGCGAUUCCAGUGAUUCUAACACUGGCAUGGAGGUGUGCUGCAUCUCUUGUCGGGAGAUGUAUUUCCCUCAUGAUUCCCGCCGCAUCUGCAAGGAGUGCUGUGAUGGGGACAUGUAUUUCCCGCAUGAAAAACUCUUGAAGAAGGUCAACGCUGUAAAGGCCAAAGUUGAUUUUCUUCGCUUAUCCUCUUCUCAAGAUCACGUCAGCAACUCCAAGUCUUUCGCGGACGUUGUUCUCAUCGCCUCUAAUUCAGCGGCUUCUGCCGCUCCUAUUCCUGCUCAUAAAUUUAUUCUGAUGAGUCGUUCACCAGUCUUCAGAGCAAUGUUUGAGAAUAAUACAGAAGAAAGUCGUAGCAGCAGAGUCAAGAUCAGUAACGUAUCUUAUGAGACUCUUCAAACUUUUAUUGAGUAUCUCUACACAGGUAAAGCAUGUCUGGAUGAGCAAAUGGCAUGUGAUCUCUUCGUCUUGUCAGAUCAAUAUCAAGUAAUGCGGCUGAAAAUUUUCUGUGAGAAAUUUUUGGUAAACAAUUUGAGUUUGGAAAAGUCUCUGGUGGCUUAUGUUUUUGCUCAACAGUACAACGCAAAAAAGUUGGGUGAUGCUGCAUUAUUAAAUAUCAUCGAUAAUAUGGAAGAAGUCACUAAAGGAAAAGAUAACGUGGAGAUAGUGAAAAAGAAUCCUCAUCUUAUCAGUAAGAUGUAUGAAGAAUAUUUCUCCAAAAAGGUUGUGAAAACAUUUAACAAGAGCAAAACUAAUUGA